AUGAAACAUUUCAUAUUCUACACGCUCUGCAUCCCGUUCAUAGACAUCUACAUAACCAACCCAGGGAUUGUCAGGGAGCUAGGGCUUAGGAAGAAUGAAAUGACCAUGUACAGCCACCUAACAAAAGAGCAGCAGAACAUCCUGAGCGCAUCGAUUGAAGAAACAAAGAACACAAGAGCAUACUACGGAGGCAUGUCGUACAACACGUGCGCUGAAAUAGCCAAAAAGCAGGAAAAUAUAAGAGUGGUGUUUAUAGGACCGUUCUCCACCGAUCGUCUUACGCAUGAAGUGUUUUCAAACGCCAUUAUGGGGAAUGUGAAUAAUCUCGAGAUCCUUCCCGAGUUUGUAAACAGCGAGUCUGGCAGAUGCUUUGUUAUUCCCAACGGAAGAAACAGGGCAAUGAUAACAAAGACAAACGAUGAGCAGGUAGUUAGCAAGGGAAUGGUGGAUAAGUUCAUAGAGUGUGUGAAUAGCUCAGAAGACAGCAGUAUUAGUGCCCUGUACAUAUCAGGGUAUACUGUAGAGUCAUCUGCAGAGAGUAUGCAGUAUUUGCUCGAGCAGAAGAGAAGAGCUAAGAAGUGCAUAAGCAUAUUCAACCUAGCUGAUCCUGGGGUGAUAGAUAGGAUAUAUGAGAAAGUGAGGUGUUUCAUUAAGGAAAGCGACUGGGUCAUAGGAAACGAAGACGAGUACAACAAACUAUUCAUGAAGGAGGUGGGAAGAGCGCCUGGGAGCAGGGAGGAAAUGCACAGACACGUCCAAAAGAGCAUGUGCAACGCAGUGAUAACAGCAGGACCAGAAGAAACAGUUGUACUGUACGAAAAACCCGAUAAAAAUGGGAUAAAAGCUGAUAAGAGUAAGAUUGCAGUAAAACCAAAGGAAAUAGAAGUGAAUAACACAACAGGCGCAGGGGAUGUUUUUGCAGCUUCUUUUUUUUCGAGCAUUCUGAAGGAAGAAGAAACCGUUGAAGAAUCGCUCAACAGGGCAAUAAAAAGGACUAACUCGUAUCUGCUGAAGCUAUCAGGCAAAAGAGUCGAGUGA